AUGGGGACCAAGCGAGACGCCAUCCUGCUGGCCCUGGAGAACCUGACCCCUGACGAGCUCAAGAAGUUCAAGCUGAAGCUUGGGGCUGCGCAACUGCACAAGGGCUACUACAGAAUCCCGAGGGGGAACCUCUGGCAGAUGGACGCGGUGGACCUCACUGACCAGCUGGUUGCCCACUACUGUGAGGACUAUGCUGUCGAGCUCACUGUGCUCCUGCUCCAGGAAAUGGGCAUGCAGCAGGAGGCUUCAGCGCUCCAGGCCGAGUGA